GUUCCUGUCAAGCUCGAUGCCUUCGUCUUCAACGAAGAUGUGUGCAACGGCGGCAAAUACGACAGCAAAAUUGCUCCGCUAACACAGCCAAACUACACGUUCCUGCGCCUAGACAGGUCAUGGAUCCAGCACGACGUCCUUGCCCACGCCGACUUGCACGUCACCACGCCUGCAGAAUGCAACUCGCGAUACACGGACCUAGGUACCCACCUACCUCGUAAGAACAGAGAAGGCGUAUACCUACAUUGGAUGAUACCACGACCUUACAGAACCGGGUCAGCUGCGACGGAAGCAGCGGCCAGUCCGCCGGCACAGCGGACCGAGCCGCUAACGACACAGCAGCCAGCACAACGACCAGAAAACCGGCCAAAUCUCAACUUGGAUUCAAGUGCUGGGAAGUUCCAAGAGGCGCCGGCGAGAUGGCUAGUGGUCCGGAAGAUCAACAAUCGAGCAUCGUUGAUUCCAGCGAAUGCGCCUGUCCCCGACGUGGAAUUCUGGGUGAUUGAGAGCGACCGGCGAAGGUCGUUGGACGAGCUCGGUUUCGAUGUCGAUCUUCAAGUCGACGUGUCGCCUUUCAUAUACGCGGAAAAGAAGGGAGACGCCUACAAAGCGGAUAUUAGCGAACAGGCAGAGAUAUUCAUCGGCUGUAAACAACGCGCCGCUGAUUGGACAGGCGAUCAGGAGGGCGUGAAGAAACCACGUGUCUUGUUGAAUCUCCUCAAUAGCUCGAAUCAGCUCUUUGCAGACUACCAGCCGCAUAAUGGCAAUGUUUUCAGUAUGCUAGACGACUUUGCUUACAUUGACCCCACGGAUAAGACAAAGAAACGACUACAGGCAGCCGAUGUGAGUUACUACGUCCUAGGCUGGCACUCUCCCGAACAGAAGAGUUUGUUGUCUGGCUUGAAAGGCACGAGACGGGCAGAGAUUAGCAAACUCGGUAUGGCUUUGGUCAACGACAAUGACAGCGAUCAGGGCGAAUGGCUGAAGUCCACUUCCGACGCUGACUUGAUCUGCCACGGCGCAAUGUACGACGUGCAAUGGAACGCAACAGGGAAGCCAAAAACGCCAGGAGAUUUCUUCGGAAACUUCCUAGCAGACAACCAUCCGGUGGCCGUCGGAACGACCCCGAUGGAUGCUCUCCUCGCCUAUGUCCAUAUCCACAAAGACCUCGACAUUGGUGAGCCGAAGGAGCUUGAACGACGCAUUGAUGCAUUUCAGAAGCUCCUACAAGCCCGAGACGACGGCGUAGAAGCACAACGCGAGGCAGCCGACCUGCUCGUGAGCUGGAACUUCCAGCAUGAAAAUGGUGGGAAACGCUACUUUCUCUCUGGCACGAGUUCUGCCGACGGCGCGAAACCCACCAAACCAGAUGAGAAAGAUGUCACGGCUCUACUGGCACUGAAUCAAACACAACUCCUACUCGAUGUUUGUGAACGUUACAAGAGGCAAGUGCAGUGGAGCCUCUUCUCGCAGUGGUGGAUCUACAAUAGUAGCAGUGCCGAAGCUAGAGACAGUGACGAUACAUAUAAGAUACGGAUCUGUCAGCUUAUGCAAACCGCAAAUAAACUAGACUUGAAAAUUGGUGAUCUAAAGGCCGACGUAGAUUCAAAGACCAAGAAGUUGGCUCUCGCGAAGGCGGGUGUAAGGACGGCAUUCUCACAACAGCGUGACCCUACACUCCUAGUCGGCGGUGUACGCUCCGGUUGGCCGCAUGAUUAUCUAGAGGCUCUACAAGUCCGAAUCGAAUCCCAGGUCAUCCAAGGUGGUGCAAACCCUAUCCUUGAUGAUACCAUUCUAGCAAAGCUCCCCCACAAACUCAAGACUGCCGCAGAGGCAUUGCUAAAAGAGUUCAUCGUUCUGUCUCCAGAGGCGUCGCCGCCCACAUUAACUAAGCCACAGGUGACUCCGCUAUACCACGAUACGGUUCUCAACUACCACAAUAUUCCAGACCCGUCCAAGCCGGAACGUCUUUGGCGGGAUAGGUGGGAAAACAGGCAACCGUGGUUUCCACUAUUCCUUGAAUGGGAGGCAGAGUAUACCCAUGUGGAGUUCCAGCACUGGAAUCUCGAGGAGCGCGCCACCGAUAAAUCCGCUCCUAAAAAGCUGAGAUACAGUAUCGAUAACGCAAGGCCUGUGCAGCAAGUAGCGAAAGAGGAUGGAAAGGACGGGAAGCCAGACACUCGCACCGUCUCGGGUAGAGUCUUGGUCUUGCCGCAACCUAACUUAUCUCUAAAAUCUAAGUUGGAGCAAGUGUUCUCUAGCACCCCUAAGGAGAUCCUUGACGAUACAGGUAUUGAUGACAUCGAAAGGAAGGAGCUGGUUGCGAAGCUUGACGAGUUGGCCUUUCUCUCCGCGCCGCUUUCCGGAUUUAUUAACCAUCUUAUCACUCGAUUUCAGGGUAGCCACAUCAAACCCAAUAUUCGACCUCCGGGAGAGAUUACCAGGCCGAUAGAUAAGGCCACCAAGCCUUCAGCAGGUUUCACUAGCCAGGUUCUAAGCUUUAUCGACGAUGCUACGGACCUGACACCGUAUGGCACUUCCGUAGACUCUAAUAAAAGCUAUUCGCCGUUCAAGCCGGCAACCCAUGGGCAGUUUCGGUUUACCAAGCUCAACAUCAUUGACAAGUUCGGGCAAGCAAUUCACGCCAUUGAUCCGACCCCUUAUCGAGCUGGGCCUCUGCCGUUAUAUGUCACUGUCAGUGAAUUCUUACAACCUCAAUCGCUAGUAGACGACAAAUAUACAGCAAACACCGUCGUUCUUGACAAGCCUGGAUUUUGCCAAUACGCUCAGCUACCUCCACAAAUUAACCAGCUUUGCCGCUUGAACACCGCUUUCCUAAAUCUCAACGAGGAAGCGCCGUACUGGACGCCGGCCAACGAAUGGGACAAUCCGAUUUGGGGUUGGGUUUUGAUUAACUACGCCAAUUUAGGUGUUCAGCUCUUUCUACCUGACGGCACCUUUUUCCGCGAGGUUCGCUUUGGCGGGCCAGAUGGAACCCAGGCCUCUCCUCCGUUCUUACCUUUCGGCCAUGAUGACACAACAGUCAUAGGCAAGGGCGUGAAACAGCUGCAAGCACUUGUUGAUCAAUUCAAAGCGGGGCCAUAUCUACAAGCUUUUGUAGAUAUGAUAACAGAAGCGCUGCAGAAUAGCCCGGCCGCUCCAACCGCUUAUGCCGAAUUUCUUAAUUCGGUUGUUAGCAAGCCGUUCGCUCUUGUAAAUAUUGGAAUGUCGCUGGAGUCUGCACUUGAUGAACAAACGAAUCAAUCUGUGCUCAACCCGAAAAAUGGACCCAGCAAACCCGGCACAGAUUCUGGAGACAAGAUUUACGAGUUCAAAGUUAAAGUUGGAGACGCAGAACGUUUAUUUGACGGCCUGGUCGGCUAUUACAACACCUCAAUAACGCCUGGUGCCACGCCAGUGAUAGAUCUUACUGCCAUCAAUACUUUCUUCACCAAAACGAAAGACAACAUUAAAUCUGACCCGAGGUUGAAUAUCACUACCGAGUCCUUUCCUACUUUGUCAGCUUUCUGGAUCGACCCCACAGAUUUAGAAAGCGCAACAUAUGAGGAGCAGCGCAAUUUGGAAUACUCGAAGCAUGCUUUCGUAGCGUUAGUCAAUCCCUUCACUCCCGUACACGUAUAUUCCUCUAUCCUUCCUAUCCAAUCCCUCUCACUCCCUUCUUGGACAUGGCAGGAUGCCCUCAACAAGAUGACCGCAUUCUUUACUAUGGGACCUUUGAUCAUACCGACAAAUGUUCCGACUUACGAUAAAUCUCACCAAUUAGCCAGUGACAAGAAGCUCACCGACAAGGAGGCGUUAUAUCCAAAGGUCACAGUCCCGAUACCGACUGUUGACCUGGCGGACUGGGCGUGGCUUCAGCCGUAUAUCAGCGAAACGGCAAAGACGGCGGAUGAGCGAACAUGCAUGGCACUAGGAAUCGCCAAGGUCGAUGAAAGACCACGAUUUGAACCAGGGCCGUAUACAGCUUUAGAAGGGUUUUUACAGAUGAGAAGGCCUAUUGUAAGACCCGAUGAA